CAAAUAACACAAACCACUUGAAUUAAUCAAUUACCACCAUGGCUAAAAGCAAAGAUGACAUAAAAUAUGGAACAGCACAAGCAAAACUAUCACCAGAUGAAGCAUUGAGAGUAGCCUACAAGCAUGGCACACCACUUGAAGGAGGAAAAAUAUCACGUUCUGAAAGAGUGGAUUUGUUUUCAAGUGCACAAAAUAUUCCAAAGAGUGACCAACAACAACAAAGCUCAGAUUCUAAUCAGUCUCAGCUGCAACGUGAUGAUACAACAGGAGGAGGAGAUUGUACUGAUUUCACUACUGGAGCUCCUUGCUUGCCUGAAAAGAACAAACCUCCAACACUUGGUCAUAAGUUUUGAUGAUAAAAUAAGAGAGAAUAAUUUUAACUUGUGUGUUUUCUGCUACGUGGCAUGGCAAAUAUUAUGUAGCAAUGCUUAAAACUUCUAUAGUUCUCCUUUAUAUUUUGUCUAAGGUUGAGUUACAUAGAUUAAUAUAUAAAAUAUUAGCUAAGAUAUGUUGUGUAUAUGAGUUAUUAGCCUUAAAAUGGAAGCAACUUUUUUUCUUGACUUA